UUCAUGUGUAGGAGAUGGGCUGCAGCUAAAAUUUUAGCAAAUAGGUAUACGAUUCACACAAUAGAGGGCUCAGGCUAAUAAAGAGAAUCGGUAUUAAUCCUGAAACUUUGGAUCAGAGGAAGCAGAAGUGUGUGGAAGUGUUGGCAGCAACCAUGGGCAGGCGACCUCAUGUGCUGAUUAUUCCAUUCCCAGCACAAGGACAUGUUACUCCCCUUAUGAAGUUUGCGUACCAGAUUUCUGAUCAUGGGAUCAAGGUCACCUUUGUUAACUCAGACUUCAUACAUGAAAAACUGGUGGCUGCACUGCCAGAUGAGGAUGAGGCUCGGAGUCGGAUAGGGCUAGCCUCGAUCCCAGAUGGACUGGGUCCAGGGGAGGAUCGAAAAGAUUUGGUCAAGUCGACAGACAGUAUUUUAAGAGUCAUGCCGGGUCAUUUGAAGGAGUUGAUUGAGAAGGUUAACAACUCCAAUGAUGAUGAAAAGAUCACUUGUGUUAUUGCUGAUACAACAGUUGGGUGGGCGCUAGAGGUUGCCGAGAAGAUGGGGAUCCAGAGCGUUGCGUUUUGCCCCUGUGGACCAGGAACCUUGGCUUUGGUAUUUGACAUUCCAAGGCUUAUUGAGGCCGGACAUGUAAAUGGUAUUGAUGGAUCUCUUUUGAACGAGGAGUUGAUCUGUCUGGCAAAGGAUAUCCCAGCCUUUAGCAGCAACAGAUUGCCCUGGAGCUGCCCAAGUGAUCUAACCGUACAAGAGAUCCUUUUCCGACUUGCUCUACAAUGCAUCCCAGCUAAGAAUCUUUCCAAUUGGCUUCUUUGCAACUCUGUUUACGAACUUGACUCAUCUGCUUGUGACUUGAUUCCCAACAUAUUACCAAUAGGCCCGUUACUUGCAAGUAAUCAUAUGGGUCAUUAUACUGGAAACUUUUGGCCUGAGGAUUCAACUUGCAUAAGCUGGCUCGAUAAUCAACCUGCUGGCUCAGUCAUUUAUGUUGCCUUUGGAAGCCUAGCAAUCUUGAGCCAGAACCAAUUCAAUGAACUAGCACUGGGUAUUGAACUUGUAAGCCGGCCAUUUUUAUGGGUUGUCCGAUCAGACUUCACCAAUGGAUCAGCUGCUGAAUACCCAGAUGGUUUCAUAGAGAGAGUAGCUGAGCAUGGAAAGAUUGUUUCAUGGGCACCCCAAGAAAAGCUGUUAGCUCACCCUUCUGUUGCAUGUUUCUUAUCCCAUUGUGGAUGGAACUCAACCAUGGAAGGCAUAGGCAUGGGAGUCCCCUUCCUAUGCUGGCCCUACUUUGCAGAUCAAUUCCAUAACCAGAGUUACAUAUGCGACAAAUGGAAGGUGGGCUUGGGGUUGAACCCAGAUGAAAAUGGAUUCAUAUCAAGGCAUGAGAUUAAGAAGAAGAUCGAAAUGUUGGUUUCUGAUGAUGGUAUAAAAGCAAAUGCAGAGAAGUUGAAGGAAAUGGCUAGAAAGAGUAUAAGCGAAGGUGGAUCUUCUUACAGGAAUUUCAAAACCUUUAUUGAAGCAAUGAAACAUUGAAGAUGUUUCCCAAUGUUACUAUAUUCAAAUGUGUUGAAUCAAUCUCCCAUUGAAAUAGGUUGAUGUGGGAUUAGCCAUGAACUCAACCCAACCCACUCGAGUUGUUGUCCUGCUCUUAUAAAGUAUAUUCUAAGAAAAUUAGGUACGGAGAUUGUUAAGACAAACCAUGAUAAAAAUUUUAUAGAUGAUGUACUCUUUGUGGUUCCAUCGAACAACUAUUAUGUAGGAAUAAAUAGUGUAAUUUUUUAACUUUAA